CCGGGUCCUAGAUCCCCGGCGUCGCAGCCGCCCCGGCUUCAGCGAUGUUUUGUUGGUUCGUUUGUUUCCAGCUCUGACGAGAGCCGGAAGUGCGGCCUGGCGGCGGCGGCCGAGAGCCACAAAACCUCAGGAAACGUGCUGCGACCUAGCGCUCCGCCCGCACGGCCACGGCCGCGGCCUGGGGUUCCGCCGGCGUUCUGGCCCGGAAGUGCGGCCUGGGAGUUGGUGAGCGGGAGGCGGCCACUGCAGGGCCAGGAGUCGGAGGUAGAUGGCGGCUGCGGAGGCAGUGCACCACAUCCACCUGCAGAACUUUUCUCGAUCACUGCUUGAGACCCUCAAUGGACAGAGGCUUGGUGGGCACUUCUGUGAUGUAACUGUGCGCAUCCGUGAGGCUUCCUUGCGAGCACACCGCUGCGUGCUGGCUGCAGGCUCCCCCUUCUUUCAGGACAAGCUGCUGCUUGGCCACUCGGAGAUCCGCGUACCACCAGUGGUGCCUGCACAGACUGUGCGCCAGCUGGUUGAGUUCCUCUAUAGCGGCUCCCUUGUGGUGGCACAGGGUGAGGCUCUGCAGGUGCUCACAGCUGCGUCAGUGCUUCGCAUCCAGACAGUGAUAGAUGAGUGCACACAGAUUAUCGCCCGUGCUCGUGCCCCAGGAACCCCUGCACCAGCCCCCCUGCCAGCACCGGUGCCCCCACCGCUGGCACCUGCACAGCUGCGCCACCGCCUGCGUCACUUGUUGGCUGCACGACCCCUGGGGCACCCUGGUGUAGCACAUAGCCGCAAGCAACGCCAGCCUGCACGUCUUCAGCUGCCUGCACUCCCAGCCAAGAUAGAGGGUCCUGAUGCAGACCCAGUACUUCCAGUCCCUGAGGAUAGAGGUGAGGAUGAGGAGGACACCGAUGGCGAAAGCGACGGCGAGGAUGGUGAAGGUGGUGGCCCAGGUGAGGGCCAGGCGCCCCCUUCUUUCCCUGAYUGUGCAACUGGCUUCCUCACUGCUGCUGCGGACAGCGCUCGAGAGGACCCACCUGCCUCUGCGGGCCUCACUGACUAUGGCAGUGCAGGCAGAGAUUUCCUUCGCGGGGCUGUGGUGGCCGAGGACGUGUUUCCAGAAAGCUAUGUAUCUGCUUGGCACGAGGAGGGUGGCACUGCCACAGAAGGCUGUCCUGCUGAGACCCCUGCCCCACCUGACUGCUCCCUGGCAGGACCCCGGGUGCCUGGCUUGAAAACCUCAGGAAUGCCUGUAGCACUUUUCCCCUUUCACCUGGGCACGCCGGGGCCACCCCAGCCAACCCCUCCUGCACCAUCAGGGCCAGCUCCGGCACCCACAUCCACCUUCUACCCUGCACUCCAGCCUGAGGCCGCCCCCAGCACUCAGCUUGGGGAAGCCCUGGCCCCGCCUGUGGCACCUGCCAGUGCCCCUUCAGGUCCCCCUGUCCGUGUUCCCGGAGCAGAGCAGCCUGCCUACGAGUGUAGUCACUGCCGUAAGACGUUCAGCUCUCGGAAAAACUACACCAAGCACAUGUUCAUCCAUUCUGGUGAGAAGCCACACCAGUGCGCAGUGUGCUGGCGAUCCUUCUCGCUGCGCGACUACCUGCUCAAGCAUAUGGUCACACACACUGGCGUGCGCGCCUUCCAGUGUGCAGUUUGCGCCAAGCGCUUCACACAGAAGAGCUCCCUCAACGUGCACAUGCGCACACACCGGCCGGAGCGCGCUCCCUGCCCCGCCUGUGGCAAGGUCUUCUCGCACAGAGCGCUGCUGGAGCGCCAUCUGGCUGCGCACCCUGCGACCUGACGCAGGAUCUGGCUACACCC